AUGGCAGAGAGUGGCAGUGGUACAAAUGCCUCCUCAUCAGCAGGUGGCGUCUCUAAUGCAGCUUCUCUCCCCCCUGGAGACGCACAGCUCAUUGCUUUAAUUGUUGGGCAGCUGAAGAGCCGGGGGUUGUUUGAUGGGUUUCGUAGAGAUUGUCUAGCCGAUGUGGAUACAAAGCCAGCUUACCAAAAUCUACGACAGAAAGUGGACAACUUUGUAUCGACUUACCUGGACAAACAGGAGUGGAGUGCUGGCAUGAACAAAAAUCAGCUGCGUAACGGACUGAGGCAGAGUGUUUUUCAGUCGGGCAUGCUUGAAGCUGGCGUUGAUAGAAUCAUUUCACAAGCUGUAGACCCUAAGCUAAAUCAUAUAUUCCGUCCACAGAUAGAAAAGGCUAUACAUGAAUAUCUGGCUGCUCAGACAAAAGAGGAGGCUGCACCGAAUCCUCCUCCCCCUCCUCCUCCUGAACCAGAGGAGCAGGACCCUCCUGUGCCAUCUCAAAGUGCCUCUUAA